AUGUUUGGUUAUAGAGCAUUAUUGCGACUACCAGCUGCUGGAAGUUUGGCAUCUUCUCCGUUACAUGGAUCUUUGAUUGGAUUGGCUAGUACAGCUCCUGCUGCAAAAAGUCCCUUUUUAUCACAACCCACUUUGUCAUUGGCUGCUGUUCCAACUCCAUCCACUUCAACCCAUCAGUCUUCAUUCUUGCUACAGGCCAUGAGAGGUUCAAAGUAUCCGAGUUAUGGGGGAAAGAGACUGAGAGGUUAUAUUCUGCCAAAACAGUCUGAAAAGACUGCAAUUCUUAAGAAAAUGCUCAAGAUGAAAUGGUUUAGAAUCAGAAAAGGAAGUACCGGGCAGCGUCCUAAAAAGCCAUUGUAUGGCCGUGAUGAUUUUAUUCUUGGAAAAAUGAAUGUCUGA